UUCUGGGUCCUCCACAUGUUCCUAAGAGGAAAGAAAAUGAAUAUAUCACCUGUGAUGAUAGCAUUUGAAGACCUGGCUGUGUACUUUACCUGGGAGGAAUGGCAGAACAUGAACAAUGCUCAGAAAAUCCUGUACAGAGAUGUGAUGCUGGAGACCUACAGCAGCCUCUUCUCCUUGGGGCACUGCAUUACCAAACCUGACUUAAUCUUCAAGUUGGAGCAAGGAGAAGAGCCAUGGAUGGUGGACAAAUGCUUGAAUCAGAGCCUUUCAGUGGUCAUGAAAAUUGAUGACCUGAUUAAGAUCAACCUGGAAAGUCAGGACAAAAAUCUGAAUCAGGAUUUUAUGAAAAAUAACAAGACAUCAGCUCACAAGAGAGUUGAAUUAAGAAAAACCCUUAGUUUAAAUUCAAGCCAUAUUCCAACAAUGAUUAUUAAAAAGGGAAUCUAUUCAGGAUUGAAGCCUGAGGAAUGCAAUAAAUGUCACACUGUGUAUCCCCACAGUGGGCCUGAUCAACUACAGGCUGGAGAGAAAUUUGAUAACACUAAGAUACCUGGAAAAUCUCUUCACUUCUGUGAGCCUCUUAGUCAGUAUGACAAUAUUCACAUCAUGAAGCAGCCAUUUGGACCCACUGGACAAGCAAAAGUCUUCACAAGAAAGAUGUUCUGUAAAUCUGAGAGGGUUCAUAUGGCAGAAAACUGUAAUAAAUCAACUGUCACUUUUGGAAAAACAACUCAAAUAGAAAAAGCUAUCCAUGAAAAUUCUAGCCUCAAUAUGCAUCAACAAACUCACACAAGAAAGAAAUUUUAUAAGUACAUUAAGUAUGUUGAACCUGUCAUUCACCAGUCACAUCUUACAAUAAAUCACAGACUAAAUACAAGGGAAAAACUUUACACAUGUAACCCUUGUGGAAAAUCACUCAGUAUUAAUUCACCUUAUGAAUGUAAUGACUCUGGAAAAGACUUUGGACAAAAGUCAGUCCUCAGGAAAUGUCAACAAAUUCACACAGGAGAGAAAUCACAUGAAUGUAGUGAUUGUGGAAAAGCCUUUACACAAAAGUCAUACCUCAUAAACCAUCAGCGAAUUCACACAGGGGAGAAACUUUAUAAAUGCCUUCAUUGUGGAAGAGGCUUUCUGUGGAUGUCAGCCCUCAUCAUACACCAGAGAAUUCACACAGGGGAGAAACCUCAUGAAUGUAAUGACUGUGGAAAAGCCUUUGGACGAAAGUCAGACCUCAUCAUACACCAGCGAAUUCACACAGGGGAGAAACCUCAUGAAUGUAAUGACUGUGGAAAAGCCUUUGGAUGCAAGUCACACCUCAUCAGACACCAGCAAAUUCACACAGGGGAGAAACCUCAUGAAUGUAAUGACUGUGGAAAAGCCUUUGGAUGCAAGUCACACCUCAUCAGACACCAGCAAAUUCACACAGGGGAGAAACUUCAUGAAUGUAAUGACUGUGGAAAAGCCUUUGGAUGCAAGUCACACCUCAUGAAACAUCAGCGAAUUCACACAGGGCAGAAACCUCAUGAAUGUAAUGACUGUGGAAAAGCCUUUGGACAAAAGUCAUACCUCAUCGUACACCAGCAAAUUCACACAGGGGAGAAACCUCAUAAAUGUAAUGACUGUGGAAAAGCCUUUGGACAAAAGUCACGCCUCAUCAUACACCAGAGAAUUCACACAGGGGAGAAACCUCAUGAAUGUAAUGACUGUGGAAAAGCCUUUGGAUGCAAGUCAGACCUCAUGAAACAUCAGCGAAUUCACACAGGGGAGAAACCUCAUAAAUGUAAUGACUGUGGAAAAGCCUUUGGAUGCAAGUCACACCUCAUCAGACACCAGCAAAUUCACACAAGGGAGAAACCUCAUAAAUGUAAUGACUGUGGAAAAGCCUUUGGACAAAAGUCACGCCUCAUCAUACACCAGAGAAUUCACACAGGGCAGAAACCUCAUGAAUGUAAUGACUGUGGAAAAGCCUUUGGACAAAAGUCACACCUCAUAUACCAUCAGCAAAUUCACACAGGGGAGAAACCUCAUAAAUGUAAUGACUGUGGAAAAUCCUUUGGACGAAAGUCAGGCCUCAUCGUACACCAGAGAAUUCACACAGGGCAGAAACCUCAUAAAUGUAAUGACUGUGGAAAAGCCUUUGGACGAAAGUCAGGCCUCAUCAUACAUCAGCAAAUUCACACAGGGGAGAAACCUCAUAAAUGUAAUGACUGUGGAAAAGCAUUUGGACAAAAGUCAGACCUCAUCAGACACCAGCAAAUUCACACAGGACAGAAACCUCAUAAAUGUAAUGACUGUGGAAAAGCCUUUGGACAAAAGUCAUACCUCAUCGUACACCAGCAAAUUCACACAGGGGAGAAACCUCAUAAAUGUAAUGACUGUGGAAAAGCCUUUGGACAAAAGUCAGGCCUCAUCAUACAUCAGCGAAUUCACACAGGGGAGAAACCUCAUAAAUGUAAUGACUGUGGAAAAGCAUUUGGACAAAAGUCAGACCUCAUCAGACACCAGCAAAUUCACACAGGACAGAAACCUCAUAAAUGUAAUGACUGUGGAAAAGCCUUUGGACAAAAGUCAUACCUCAUCAUACACCAGCGAAUUCACACAGGGCAGAAACCUCAUAAAUGAAAUGACUGUGGAAAAGCCUUUGGACACAAGUCAUACCUCAUAUUACACUAGAGAAUUCACACAGGGGAGAAACCUCAUAAAUAAUGAUUGUGG